GGAGGGGAAGGAGGGACAUGACCCGAAUGAAGUGACAGAGACAGUGUAUGAGUGUGUCUGUGGCUAAGGGAAAGGCCGAGGAAGAAGAAGAAGAUGGCAUCGCCUCCUGAGGCCCUCUCUUCCACAAAGUAUGGCGUUUCCCUCAAGGAGCUUCGGGAUUUGAUGGAAUUUCGCGGCCCUGAAGCUGCCGAGAGAAUCAGAAACCAGCACGGAUCUGCGUUAGAACUCUGCAAAAAGCUCCGCACCUCCCCGACCGAAGGUCUUUCAGGGAACCAGAGUGAAUUGGAACAGAGGAGGGAGGUGUUUGGUUCAAAUGUGAUCCCACCAAAGCCGCCCAAGACUUUCCUUCGACUAGUCUGGGAAGCAUUGCAAGAUGUCACAUUAAUCAUCCUCAUCAUAGCUGCCGUUAUCUCCUUAGUUCUUAGCUACAUGCCUCGAGAAGCGGAAAUGAAGUCAGAUGACAGUGAAGAACAUGCAGGAUGGAUUGAGGGUGUUGCAAUUUUCGUCACUGUCGUAAUUGUUGUCUUCGUUACUGCUGGGAAUGAUUACACCAAAGAACGACAGUUCCGAGGCCUUCAAUCUCGCAUUGAGGGGGAGCAUAAGUUCGCUGUCAUCAGAGGUGGCAGCGUGGAGCAGAUCAAUGUGGGGGAAAUAGUCGUGGGUGACAUCUGUCAGGUGAAGUAUGGGGACUUAUUACCGGCUGAUGGAAUUGUCAUUCAAAGCAAUGAUCUCAAGGUUGAUGAGUCAUCUCUUACUGGGGAAUCAGAUCAGGUCAAGAAGGGGGAGAAGAUUGAUCCUAUGGUCCUUUCAGGCACACAUAUUAUGGAGGGAAGUGGGAAGAUCCUGGUAACAGCUGUGGGUAUCAAUUCUCAAGCUGGAAUUAUCUUCACUCUCCUUGGAGCUGCUAUGGAUGAGCAACAGAAGCAAGCUAAGCAACGGAAGAAGGAUGCAAAACGGAAAAGGAAAUCAGAUGCAACCAGUGAUCAGAGCCCAGUUGACUUGGAGCAAGGACUGACAGGGAAUAGUCAUGCAGCUGCAUUACCUCAGGUCCAGGUUGAAAACCCAGACAAGGAAAUGGGUACAAGUCCUGAAGUCUCAUCGAAGUCAAGGGAAAAGUCUGUCUUGCAGGCCAAGCUGACUCGCUUGGCCAUUCAGAUUGGCUAUGCUGGCUCUGCAAUUGCUAUGCUCACUGUCUUGACAUUGACUGUCCGGUAUUGCAUUGACAAGUUUUGGUAUUUGGGAGAACCAUGGCACAGCUAUCAUGCGAGUUAUUUUGUCAAGUUCUUCAUCAUCGGUGUCACUGUGCUGGUUGUAGCCGUCCCUGAAGGCUUGCCUCUUGCUGUUACCCUUUCCCUGGCUUACUCUGUCAAGAAAAUGAUGAGUGACAACAACUUGGUGAGGCACUUGGAUGCUUGUGAGACUAUGGGGAAUGCAACUUCCAUCUGUUCAGACAAAACAGGCACUCUGACCACCAACAGGAUGACAGUUGUCCAGAGUUUCAUCUGCUCCAAGCAUCACAAGCUCACUCCUAAGUUCACAGAUAUCCCAGCUCACCUUGCUGAUAUCCUCCUGCAUUGCAUCUCCAUCAACAGUGCUUACACUUCCAAAGUCCUGCCACCCAAGGAACGGGGAGGGCUUCCAGAUCAAGUGGGCAAUAAGACAGAUUGUGCACUGUUGGGGUUCAUUCAGGAUAUGAGUCAGUCUUACCAGGCCGUUCGUGAGGAAUAUCCUGAGGAAGUUCUCCACAAGGUGUAUACAUUCAACUCAAUUCGCAAAAGCAUGUCAACGGUGAUUCGGCGGCCAGGUGGUGGGUUUCGUGUGUUCACCAAAGGAGCCUCCGAGAUUGUGAUGAAGAAAUGCUCUUUCAUUUACGGGAAAGAGGGGAAGCUGGAAACUUUUACAAAAGACAUGCAGGAUAGAGUUGUACAGACUGUGAUUGAGCCGAUGGCCAGUGAUGGGUUGAGGACCAUCUCACUGGCGUAUCGUGAUUUUGUGCCAGGAACGGCUGAUAUCAACCAGGUGCACUACACACAGGAACCCAAAUGGGAUGAUGAAGAUAACAUAGUCACCAACCUGACAUGCAUUGCGAUAUUUGGCAUCGAGGACCCUGUUCGUCCUGAGGUGCCAGAGGCAAUUCAGUCAUGCCAACAAGCAGGAAUCACUGUACGCAUGGUCACUGGUGACAACAUUAAUACAGCCCGGUCAAUUGCUACCAAAUGUGGGAUAUACAAAGAAGGUUCAGAUCUCCUCAUCCUGGAAGGGAAGGAUUUCAAUAAGCGCAUUCGUGACUCUAGUGGUCAGAUCCAACAACACCUCAUAGACAAAAUUUGGCCCAAACUCAGGGUAUUAGCCCGGUCUUCUCCUACAGACAAGUAUAACUUGGUCAAAGGAAUCAUCGACUCUAAAUUGAAUCCCAGCCGUGAAGUGGUUGCUGUCACUGGUGAUGGGACAAAUGACGCCCCUGCCCUAAAGAAGGCAGAUGUUGGCUUUGCCAUGGGGAUUGCUGGGACAGAUGUAGCAAAGGAGGCAUCUGACAUCAUCCUCACAGAUGACAAUUUCACAAGUAUAGUGAAAGCAGUAAUGUGGGGACGUAAUGUAUAUGACUCAAUAGCAAAAUUCCUUCAGUUUCAACUGACAGUGAAUGUGGUGGCAGUGAUUGUGGCCUUUGGGGGAGCCUGUGCCAUUGAAGACUCUCCUUUAAAGGCAGUGCAAAUGUUGUGGGUGAAUCUCAUUAUGGACACUUUGGCAUCUCUGGCCUUGGCCACAGAGUUGCCAACAUCAGAGUUGCUAUUGAGGAAGCCAUAUGGACGCACGAAGCCUCUCAUUUCACGCACCAUGUUCAAAAACAUGAUUGGCCAAAGCAUUUACAUGCUUACUGUCAUUUUCUUCCUUCUAUUCUAUGCACCCACCAUGUUGGAUAUCGACAGUGGACUGUUUGCAGACUUGCAUGCUGCACCAUCAGAACAUUUCACCAUAAUCUUCAAUGUCUUUGUCCUCAUGACCCUGUUCAAUGAAAUAAAUGCACGCAAGAUCCAUGGGCAACGGAAUGUUUUCAGUGGGGUAUUCAGCAACCCCAUUUUCUGCAGUAUCUGGUUUACUACAAUAGUUCUUCAGAUACUGAUUGUGCAAUUUGGAGGCCGGCCACUGUCAACAUCAGGACUCCAGUUGGAUCAUUGGAUGUGGUGUAUAUUCUUUGGACUUGGCACACUCAUCUGGGGCCAGGUCAUCACCACAAUCCCCACCAAAAAGCUUCCCAAGAUACUUACGUAUGGCCGUGGGCAACCUAAGGACAUGGAACUGACUGACACAAUUUUGGAGGAACGUGAGCAAGACAUGGACCUGAGUGAUAAGAAGAGGAGCAGUGGACAAAUACUCUGGAUCCGAGGUCUCACACGUCUCCAGACCCAGCUCCGAGUUAUCAGGGCAUUCAAGAGUAUGCUCGAGGACUUCGAAGAACGUCGCAGCGUGCAUAGCUGGCACAGUUACCGUAGUAUUCGAGGCAUACGUGGCCAGCCGGGCACGGGGGAGGCCCAGCUGUGUUUCAUAGACGAUGACAGCAACCCGAAAACACCCCCCAAGUCCACACAGGAUAAAAAUCACCUCAUCCAAAAUCAUCACCCUCAGACUCUCGCUCUUUCCCCUCAUCACUUCCCAUCGUUGAACCCGAGUUCAGAUUCCCCGGGAAGUGGAAAUCUGUCCCCUCCAAAAUUCCUUCGCCCUCUCUGGGAUCUCCCGAAAUUUGCCUCUGAGACACACAUAUCAGACCUUUCUGUUCAUCUCUCUUCAUCUGUCUCUGUCUUCCUGUUCCUGCUUUCCUUCUUCCUCAUUGAAGCAGAGUUCUUUGAGUGCAAGCAAGCAAGCAACCAAGCCAGCAACCCAGCAACCCAUCCACCUUCUUGUCUGUCUGUCAGUCUGUCUGUCCCCAUUUCACCUGAGCAGAUGCAGGUGAUCGGGGGUGAAUUACAAGAACGACUUAUCCCAGUCCCGUACAGCAAGAGUUCCACUGAUCAAGCUAAGAGAACAUAUUCUCCAUCCACCUUCUUUGACCUGAUCAAGACCACCCACCACCACCUACCCCCAAAGAUACUUAUUGCUAAACUAACUGCAGCAAAUGCUGCCUUCAAGCUUAACAAAAUCAACAUGAACAAACCUAUUGAGAUGACCACUUUCCGUCAGAACCAUGAAAGGUCG